GUACCCAUCAGAUGUGGUGAUGAAUAUACAAUGUUCCUCGCGGUACCUUGAUUUGACGUCGGAGACAAAGGAACCAACAAGCCACCCGCGCAUCAUGGCCCACCCCCAGCUGCCAAUGGCCAAUUACUCUUCAUCAGACACGGUGAAUAAUGGCCCCGGAGGUGUCGUAUUGUGUAUUCAAUACGUCAUGGUAGGUAGCACACUGGUGAAGUCAUCCCACCACCAUCCAUGGUCUUACAAACACUGGAUCAGAGCACGAACCUGAAGUGUGUCUCAUCCGGACUUAUACGGACAGCAUUUCCUUUGCUCCCCUUGCUGCUCUUGAUCAAAAUCUCAAACUGUCCUGGACGCCGUACGCCUUCUCCAGACCUCAGGCAUCGCCGGCAACAUGACGGGUGACGCUCCUCAGCCGUUCCAGCGUCGGUCCUCCUUCCAUCAGCUGCAGGUCUCUCACCAGUUUGACAAGAACUCCUGGGAGGCACCUCCAUCAAAGACCAUCUAUGCUGGCCUUUCAGCGCUAUUUGACAACGAUGGGGUGACUGUCGCCCUGGCGAUCCGCGAUACAACAUAUCUCCUCGACUUUCACCAGGAGGACCUUGUCGCACAAGGCGGCCGGACGAUAUGCGCUGAGAUCACCGAUUAUGUGCUCAACCAGUUGCGAGAGUACAGCGAUGAUCAUCUUGAGAAGUUCAUCGGUUUGGCAAUGCCGACGUCCGUGGCUCAGAGAUGCCCUAACCUUUGUUCGCGUCUGUGGUCGGAGCUGGACGUGAUCCCUUUGGUUCUGCCGGAGGAGAGUAACAUCGGAGUCGACCACCACGUCGACCACCCCGUUCGAAAGUCAACAGGCUGGGAGCUCAAAAGCAUCGAUGAACAGGCGGAGUCGAUGGGCCGUAAAUGUGUCAGGCUCUUUGGCCCAGAAAACAUUCCCUUGCUGCAAGUCGGAUUUUUGGGAUUAGUUGAAGUCGACACUGCAUUCCAUGUGCGCCUUACGAACUUAGAAGACUUCCAAAACACUGUCACCAAGAAGACGUGGGAUGCGGUUCAAUACUAUGCCGAUGACCUCAAGAAAAGAGGUACUAAGAUUGCAUUCUUCAGUGCCACUCCUCAAGGCGGAGGCGUAGCCCUGAUGAGACACGCUCUCGCACGGUUCUCAUACUCACUGGGAACCGAUAUCAAGUGGUACGUUCCGAAGCCGCGACCCGGGGUUUUUCGCAUAACGAAGAACAAUCAUAAUAUCCUUCAAGGCGUCGCCCCCCCGGGUGAGCGCUUAAGCAAGGAGGACUGGGAUAAGGUUAUCGAUUGGAUCAAUGAGAAUGCUAAGCGAUACUGGCUCUCCCCUGGUGGGCCUUUGCGGCCUCCUUCUGAGGGAGGCGCCGAUGUAAUUAUCAUUGAUGAUCCACAGAUGCCUGCACUGAUUCCUAUCGCAAAACACUUGGCACCAGACCGACCAGUUAUCUUCCGAAGUCAUAUCCAGAUCCGCAGUGAUCUGAUUGACCAGCCCGGUUCCCCACAGGAAGAAGCAUGGUCGUGGAUCUGGAAGCAGGCGCAACAAGCGGAUCUGUUCAUCAGUCACCCAGUGAGCAUAUUCGUCCCGAGCAACGUUCCUUCCGAAAAGGUGGGAUACAUGCCUGCUUCGACGGACUGGCUGGAUGGUCUAAACAAGAACAUGCGCGAAUGGGACGUCGCCUUCUACGGCCGUGUCUUCAACUCCGUUUGCAGAAACUCGGGGACGCUGACCAUUAACUACCCACAAGACGAGUACAUUGUCCAAAUCGCUCGAUUUGACCCCUCGAAGGGGAUCAUGGACGUUGUUGAGUCGUACAACAAGUUCUAUCGGCGAUUCACGGCUGCCUUGCCUGACCGAACACCGCCAAAACUGCUGAUUUGUGGGCAUGGCUCUGUUGACGACCCGGACGGUGCUGUGAUCUACGACUCAGUGCUCAACUAUGUCGAGGAAGACCUCUCCGACAUAGCCGACAAAAUUUGCGUUGUCCGGCUUGGGCCCUCGGACCAGGUGCUCAAUGCGCUGCUUUCGAAGGCAAAGGUCGCUUUGCAGUUGUCCACUCGGGAAGGGUUCGAAGUCAAAGUGUCCGAGGCCAUCCACAAGGGCACUCCGGUUAUUGCGACCAAGGCUGGUGGCAUUCCACUGCAGGUAGCAGAUAAGAAAAACGGAUUCCUAGUAGAGGUGGGAGACACAGAUGCUGUGGCGCAGCAUCUGUUCGAUCUAUGCACCGAUGAGGAGCUGUAUGAGCGCACCAAGAAGUUUGCGCUCGAGAACGUAUGUGACGAGGUCAGCACAGCUGGCAAUGCCCUGAACUGGCUGUAUCUUGCAUCGAAGCUUUCUAAAAAAGAAGAAGUCAAGCCGAACAAACAAUGGAUUAACGACAUGGCGCGCACCGAAGCCGGCCAAGAAUAUUCCGACAAGGAGAGCCGAUUGAGACGGAUCUCACUGUAAGCAAGGCAACCAUUGAGCCUCGCGGAUAUUGUCGCUAUGAGUCGUGUAUCUAGCUUGUUUUUGGUAAACACUGCACACACAGUUCCUAAAUGAGACAUAAACUAAACCUGGGGUAUACCGGGAAUAAUAGACACAU